AUGAAGCGGACGAAGAUUAACCUACGCAGAGCCGGCUUCGAUCCCGGCAACCCGUCCAAUCAAGAGGUCAUGCAGCGGCUGAACCAUAUCGCUGGACUCUUGGAGGAGAUCAAGUCCGAAGGCGGCUCCACUAGCUCCUCGACUCGCUCACUCAAGGAGUCCUUCUUUGAGCUAGCCAUGCAGACCACUAGUCCAGUGGCAGACCCGGGGAGCAACUCACAUGGUAUUGCGAGCUUCGAGGACCGCGCCAUGGAACAUGAUCCCCGGCUCCUUUACAUUGCCAGCUCCGGGGAGCACAUGCUUCGUUGGCCUGUCUUCAACAAGGUCAUCACUGAAGCUGAGAAGCAUAUCCGAUCGUUUCUGCUGGAUUCGCUCGACAACAAAUCCCAGAGUUUGCAGCCACCCCGGCAGCUGGGCAUCGGGCACUUUGUCGAUGAGAUCCCCAGGCUGUGUAAUAGGUACUUUACGUUAUGCCACCGGCGAAGUCCGAUAGUCGAUCUCGAAAACCUAGACCGCUAUGCUAAGGAGGUUACCGUCCAAGGUCUCGGAUGGGACGGUCCAUCGUGUCAAGUGCUUCUCGCAUGCGCCUUGGCCUCGUGCACCUCGUCUCAGUUCGUCCCACUGGGCGACCAGGUCCCGUCCAAUCUGGACGCACUGCCAACGCCACCCGUGUCUGACGCAAAUAUGGAUCUGGCUGAGACCUACUUUCACGCCGCCAAGCAGCGAUUCGGCUUUUUACAAACGUCUCCCACUGACAUUCAAUGUUUCCUUCUUGCAGGAAGCUACCACAGACAUGCCCUGCGCCCUCUCGAGGCCUGGUUUUGUUUCCAGCAGGCUUCGUGCAGAUUAGAAGUACGUCUGCGGUCUCUUUGUAGAGAACAGUGGACCGCGGAUGACAAUUACCAUAACCUAGAGUCACGUCUAUAUUGGUCAUGCAUUCAGGCGGAACAUGAGAUGCAGGGUGAGCUCCCUCUCUGGAGCAGUGGUCUUGAAGCCCUAGGCUACUCGGACCCGUUUCCCAAGUUUUCCCCCAAGCCAACAAGCCCCUCAUAUGAUGGAACGUACGCUGUGAAGCCCACGUUUGAGCUAGAUGGCAGCGAAGAAGAGAAAGGAUGGAAGUUUUACAUCGGGUCUAUCUGUAAUCGUCGGACCACAAACGACCUCCUGGCAGAUAUGUGGCGUCACGGCGAGAAAGGAUGGACGCAAGACAUCCCCGAUCUCCUACGACGCACAAGUGCAGCCGAGCACGUUAUAAGGUCCUGGUAUCAAAUCUCUUUGGCAGGAAUCCAUUCUCAGAAAGACAACCCAGAUCUCAAGUUCUUCUUUCGCGGCCGCUAUCUCAUGGCCUCAGAGCGAAUCUACCGGCCGAACUUUUACCUAGCGAUGCACUACCAAAGCAUGCCAACUUUCAUACGGAACAAGCAUGAAAUGUGGCGGGAAGUGUUCGAGUUCACGCAAAAGACCAUCGACAAUUGCGUUGAGGUGAUCCCUAACUACUUGUACCAAUUCCGACACGAGUGGCUUUGGAAUGUGAUUCGUGCCAGCUUCUGCUGCGCGCUGCAUAUCAUCGCGGCGGUCUUGUAUCAGCUCGAGGCUGCGCGGAAUUCCAGUCCAUGGCAGUUGCACAUUCCGCCGAAUUGGGCUGCUUUGGUGAGAGUUUCGGUGCGGACGAUGAAGCACUGGGCAGCUGAGUCGAUUGACAUUGAGGUCAUGCAGUCGAUCCUUGAGAGGAUGUAUACAGGAACUUGUCGAUUGGCCAAUGUUCGGCCCGAUCUUCAUCUACUUUGA